CGCAUUGUCAGCGCGCGGAAUUGGAGUCGUGACGUCGGAGCACUGUGAAGUCAGUCAGUGGUGGCGGGAGAAUUUUAAGUGUUUUUUUAUCGUUGUAUUUCGUUUUCAGAAGAAAAACAUUUGCUUUUUCGCGGAUACAAUGUGGAACCAAGGAAAAUAUGGUGAAGCCAGUAUGGCUGGAUACACACAGUCUCCAGGAGGAUUUGGAUCGCCAGCUGCCUCUCAGGGGGGAGAGAAGAAAGGGAGAUCACGGGCACAGCAGAUUGUUCCCUGCACAGUGUCCCAGCUUAUGUCUGCAGUGCAGGCAGAGGACGUCUUUAAAGUGGGACAGGUAGAGAUUGCACAGGUAACUAUUGUUGGAAUUAUAAGAAGCACUGACAAAUCAACAAUCAACAUCCAGUACAAGGUAGAUGACAUGACUGCAGCUCCCAUGGAUGUGAAGCAGUGGAUAGAUACAGAGGACAUGGGUGUUGAUAACUCUGUCAUUCCUCCAAGCACUUACGUCAAAGUCUCCGGCAACCUUCGCUCUUUCCAGAACAACCGGUCUUUGGUUGCAUUCAGCAUAAGACCUCUGGAGGACAUGAACGAAGUUACUUCACACAUGCUGGAGGUUGUUCAUGCUCACAUGCAGCAGAGCAAACCACAGGCCAUGAUGGGAGGUGGAGGAGGGAUGAGUAUGAUGCCCACUUCGCAUACCAGCAUGGCUGUCAUGGGGUCAGCAGGGGGCUACUCAGGUGCUAGUAUGAUGCUUGUCAAUGGAUUGAGCGCCAACCAGAACCAAGUUUUGAGUUUGAUCAAGAGCUGUCAUGAUCCCCAAGGCAUCAGCAUGCAUGACCUCAAGCAGAAGCUGAACAGCAUGAGCGUCACUGUCAUCAGGCAAAUUGUGGAUUUUCUCAGCAACGAAGGACACAUUUUCUCCACCAUCGAUGAGGACCACUUCAGAUCAACAGACAAUGAAGUCUAAUUAGUCUAGUCUUUUCAGAUCUGUUUUACCAGCGUUCGCCAUAGAGCCAACAACCUGCAAG